AGAAACGCGCAGAGGCAGAAGGGACACCGGCACACCAUAGUGCAUCUAUUCUUUAUUCCCGUACCGUUAUUGACAGCUGGUUUUAGUGACAGUCGGACUGGACUGAACACUUUCGGUUGAUAUCCAUAUUUAAACUUUGGACUCUCUUGUUUUUCCCUUUUCGGUUUUUGUAUUAGGGACUGGACGUAUAGCCUCCUGUGGGGCCAGGACGCAUUUAUCACGGGGAUGUCUCACCCCGCAUCAAUGAAGUACAAGAGGCUGUUCGCGCUGGUGAUAUCAACGAUUGUGGAUGUAUAUUUUACGCUUGGGUCAACAUAUCUGUCCUGAAGCGCCUCCAGUCUGAGUCCAUGAGCGGUGGAGAGUCACUGCAUCCUAAUCAGCCUCAUUGACAUUACAAGCGCACUUUUGCGGAGCACUUUAUUUUUUUCAUACAGUCUAGUUGGAGUUUUUUUUCCCUCCACUCAUUGGGAAGGUGCAUGAAGGAUGUAACUCGUCUUUGGUAAUGGUUGUGUUUAGACUGGAUAUAAGAUUACAGGCGAAAAGGCUGGGAAAGGCUAUUUCUUUGUGGAAACCGGAUUGUGAUUUUGCCUCCAAUGCGCCUGGGCAUUCAGCAGAAUAUAAAUUAGCUGUACAGCCUCACCAUUUGUUGUAAAAACUCAGGAUAAAGGGAGCCCUGCUACGGAGGAAAGAAAAGAGCAUUCAAAGGAAAAGCCCACAUAAUGACUUUAUACAUUUUUUAUCAUGAAUCGGCAUGUGUGCUCAGUAAUUGAAGGUAGAAAUUGUGAAAUUGCCGGGAAGAUCAACAGGUCGGAGGCAUAAAACGCAUCAGAAACCUAAGACACUCUCACUGAAAGGGAUGCAUCUUUCUGUUUUCCUUUUCCUACUUUUAUGGGCGCAAGCCCUGACAUUGAAAAACUUGAACUACUCAAUACCUGAGGAGAAAAUUCAAGGUGUCAUUGGAAACAUUGCCAAGGAUGCAGAGCUGGAACUGGGAGAGCAGGGGAAAAAAUCCAACUUCAGGGUGUUGGAGAACUCCGCUCCACACCUUAUCGAUGUGGAUCCCGAAAGCGGGCUAUUAUACACUAAACAGCGGAUCGACAGGGAUACACUGUGCAGACAAAACUCCAAGUGCCAGCUCUCCAUGGAAGUGUUUGCCAACGACAAAGAGAUCUGCAUGAUUAAAGUUGAGAUACAGGACAUAAAUGACAACGCACCAAGCUUUCCUUCUGAACAGAUCGAUAUCGACAUAUCUGAGAACGCAGCCCCAGGCACACGUUUCCCCUUGGCUGCUGCCUAUGACCCUGACACUAAGGAGAACGGCCUGAAAACAUAUCAGAUCACGCGGGAUGAUUAUAGCAUAUUCUCUUUGGAUGUUAAAUCCAGAGGGGAUGGAACCAAAUUCCCUGAAUUGGUCGUUCAGAGGUCCUUAGAUCCGGUAAAGCGCUCCGACGCAUCUCAAGGUUGGAUUGACAUGCCAUUCACGUCGUUCCCCAGGGAAUGA